UGUUGGGUCAAGGUGUACAAAUUCUUCUCCCGAUGAAUUUUCGAAGGCUUCAGCCUAAAAACACGUCUAGCUACAGUUUCAUCGCCAGAAAAAGAAGAAGUAUACGAAAGAAAACGUAUUUUGUGGUGAAAUAACACACUAGGAGGAAUUUUAACGUUUGAUUCCCGAAAACAACAUGCCCAAAGGAGACUCGAAGGGCAAAGGGAGUCGCGGAAAACGCGGACAGCAACCAAGAAAGAGAGGAAGAAGAGGAGGCGAGGACAGUGAUGAGGAAGAUUUUGAAAACCAAAGUGUGGCGAGUCAUGCCUCUACAACAGACACUCACAGUGCAGAAGAAGCUGAUGGUUUCGACGAAGGAGCAGAAGAGGACAUCGAAGACGAUUUUGAGCAUAUCCUUGCAGAAAAUAUUGAUGGUGCAACUCAGAAAAGUUCUAAGGGAAGGCAGUCUGCUCUGGCUGCUGUUCAAAAAGCUCUGAAGUCAAGGAUCAUUGGUGAAUUUAUCUUAGACAGGAAAAUGACUAUUCUGGAUUUUAUUGAGAAAUGUGUUAAAAAAGGUACCACAGAAGAUCGAGUUCUGGCAUCAUCCAUAGCAGCCCUGUUAUGUGUUCAGUUGGGUGCAGGGACCGAAAGUCAACAUGUCUUCAAAACUCUCAAGCCAUAUCUAAUCACUGUUAUCCAGGAUAAAACAGCUAUGCCAGUUGCCAGAUCCAGUUGUGCAACAGCUCUUUCUGUCUGCUGUUUCAUUGCCAAUGAGGAUGCUGAUGAGCUCUUUGAAUGUCUCAGUACCUUGGAAGCAAUAUUUGACAGCAAGAAGACUGUUAAAGCAGAUGAAGUGAGACUUUACUGUGGCAUUUUAUUAGCAUGGGCUCUCCUACUCUCUGUGACACCUCCCCCAGAAGCUUACACACUUAUUAACAAACACUUAAGAAGGAUGAAGUUUCUGCUAGAGACAAGUGACCUCAAUGUGCGCAUUGCUGCUGGAGAGAUCUUAGCUCUUAUGUAUGAGAUGGGGCGUGAUAUUAAUGAAGACUUUGUCGGGGACAAUAAUGGCUUGUGUGACUUGUUGAGGGAUCUUGCUACAGAUGGAAACAAGCACAAAGCAAAAAAAGAUCUCAGACAACAGCGAUCAAGUUUUAGAGACAUUUUAAGAACUGUGGAGGAUGGUGUUUCACCAGAUGAGGUUGUAAGGUUUGGAACAGAAAGCAUUGCAUUACACUCCUGGGUUCAAAGAAGACAGUACUCUGCUUUAAAGGAAAUCCUGGGAACUGGAGUGACCAUUCAUUUACAGGAGAAUGAUUUACUUCGAGAAAUAUUUGACCUGGGACCGCAAGUGAAAUCCUCAGAAGUUCAUAGAUGCUCACGCUAUGAAAGGCAACUUUACAAUAAUGCUGUCUCCAAGGCAAGAACUGUGGCUCGUGCAAAGAAUAGAGACAAGAGGAAUGCAUCAAUCAUGUACUAGACACUUGGCAUUUUAAUGUACACUUUAAUUAAUGCUAGUUAACAAUCUGAUGCACCAAAGUUAUUUUACUGUACUUGGCUUCAUGUUGUUCACAUUGAGUUUGCAGAAUAAGCAAUGAUUUUUUAGUGAGAGAUUUGAAUUUUUCCUUGAAAUGAUCCAUGACUUCAUGUGUGGCAGUGGUACAUUUAGUUAAUUUACUAGGUCACAAGAUUUUGAUUCCAAAAGCAGUUUAGGCCAGUCCAGGCUAGUGUAGUCUGAGAAGGAGGGUAGUGACAGUAUAUUUGUUGCUUUGCUCAAUAGAAGUCCUCUUAUCAUAAGUGAAUCUGUAAUAGUUGUAGAUUUAAGUUAGAUAUUUAAAGGAGUCAUUGAUUUUGGGAUUGGUUUUUAAUUAUGGGUUAUGAGUGUUGAUAAAAAUGUGUUUAUGGACAUGACUGACUUGAUGACAAAGUCCUAAUAUGCCAUACACUUUAUUGAAGACUAUGUGGUGAUGAAGAUAAACACCACCAAAUGAGCAAACACAGCAGCCUUAAAUUCAAUAUAUUAUUAUUAAUUUAUUUUAAGUAUCCUUUCAAAGCUGUAAUGUAUGCUAAAUUCUAAACUAAUUUGUUUGUUUGGUGACUAAUCAAGAUUUUGCCUAAAAAGUAUUACAUAAACUGAAGAAAAGCAUAUUAUUUUGGCAAUUGUAAAUAGACAGUUAAUAGGGAAGUAUUGGUUAAUCCUUGCACCCCAGCACCAGUAUGCAUAUUCUCCAUACUGUUCCAUCUUCAUUUCCCAAGUUACCAAUAAGAAGAAUCUGAUUAACAAUCAAGAGCUUCUUUGGUUGGUGAUUAUGUCCUUUAUUCGCAUUACCUUAAGGUGUGAUUCAGGGGUGAAUUGUUAGGAGAAAUUAGAUGCUUAAUAAGAGGGUUAAAGAAGAAGGUUGCCCAACUAUAUGAUAUAAACCUCUGUCAUUUAGAAGUAAGUUUUUAAUUAUUUUGCUGGUGACAAUUUGAAAUCCAAAAAUUGAGAGUGUAGUUGUGACAACCCAGAGAGCUCAUGCCUUACAUAUUAAUGUAGUUGUCCUUUGAAGAAUGCCUGGAUAAUAGUUCUUUUGCUUGGAUUGUACUAGUUCUUACUUUUUCCCUUGAAACACAGAAAUUUUUACAUCUUUGAUUAGGGAAAUAAUACCGUUUACAAUAAUACUGGUGUAGGAUAUUUUGAAAUAUAAGUAGGUUAGUGAUAUUUCCUUUCUGUAAUUGCGCAAAGUUGUAACAAUUUUUGAUUGCUUUAUUUCACAUAAUCUAGCUGGACUAGGUAUCCUAUGUACUAAAGUUAUCCUUAAUUACUUGGAAGGAAACAUUCCAUUUCACGGGGUAGUAUCUUCUACAUACUGAAACAACUGCAUUAAAUAUCUGGUGUUAAAAGCUUA